CUGAUGAAGGCUGUGGCUGAGCUGAAGACACUUUAUACAAUUUCCUUUUACGUUAGACGGAUUGGUGCGUGAAUCGUGUGUGCGGGGAUCCUCGUUUUCUUUUCAAGCUAAAGAUGGCAGAGCCGAGCGGGAGAUAUCAGCAGCUUCCCUGUGAGGAGGAGCCAGAGGCGGGACCUCAGGUGGCCGCUGAUGCUCCGCCCCCUUACAGCAGUAUUGCAGCUGACAGUGCAGCAUUUUUUGACUACAAAGAUGAUGCAGCAUUUCCCAACCCUCCGUCCUAUAACGUAGCCACCUCUCUUCCAUCAUAUGACGAGGCUGAGAGAACCAAAACAGAGACUUCUGUCCCACUGGUGUCAGGCCGCCACAGGGAACGUCUGGACACGCUUGAUGACGUAACUCGCUGUGCACUGGAGGAUGAUGAUUUUGUGGCCAGAGAUGACUUUGAGGACGCUGACCAGCUGCGAAUAGGCAACGACGGCAUUUUCAUGUUGACAUUUUUCAUGGCAUUCCUCUUCAACUGGAUUGGCUUCUUCCUGUCGUUCUGCCUUACAACCUCAGCGGCCGGACGCUAUGGCGCCAUUUCCGGCUUCGGUCUUUCACUCAUCAAAUGGAUCCUCAUUGUGCGGUUUUCUACUUAUUUUCCUGGUUACUUUGAUGGACAGUACUGGUUGUGGUGGGUGUUUCUGGUGCUUGGUUUCCUGCUCUUCCUCAGAGGGUUUAUUAACUACGCCAAGAUUCGCAAAAUGGCAGACUCCUUUUCUACUCUUCCCCGGACCAGAGUCCUCUUCAUCUAUUAAAGUCACUGGCUGGAAAUGAAAACACGUUUAUGGGGCCGUGUUGAGCCAUUGACCCUGCGGGGAAAUAUAUAUUUCAGAAAGAACAAGAAAAAAAAACCUUCCAUCUGUAAUCUACUCAUCUAAAAGGAAGACCGCGGAAUUCCAGAGCGAUGGAGGAAGAACUUUUCUUUUCCACCGUCUGCUUUGGAAAAUACUGUGGGUUUCUGAGCUCUUUUUUUAUACAUAUACGUUCCUCGAUGUAAGGUAGUGGAUACUAACAGCUCUAUACCUGUUCUGAAAUCAUUAGUGGUUUGAUAUUGAGUGCUCUUGCUAUUUUCAGGUCUGUAGUGUAUUAAAACAGCAUUCUGAAUGAGAUCCGUCUAUACUAGAGGCAUGGACUGUUCUCCCUGUUGACCAGCAGAGGGAAAUCUUGCUUUAUUUCAGUCUGGUUGUUUUUUUUUUUUUUCCGCUCCUCUCAAUGGGUGACGUUUGACAAGAAGUUAGCCAGUCACCGCUGGUCUCCAUUCAUGAAGGGCUUUUCUCUUUGUGAAUGGCUGAGUGAGAUGAAUUGAAUCUAAAACAGUCGCUUAUUCUCUUCUUCUGUCUCUCCGCCUCCCUACAUGACAUGAAAUUUUAAGUUGCUGUUUUUAAUUUGACACCUUUGCUGUGGUUUAGACGUGUUUUAUUGGCCUUGUAGAUCUUUUUUUUAACAGGCCAAAAUUAGCAUCAGGUAAUAUUUGAAUUAGGGCUGCACGAUUUAUCAAAACAUGGCUUUUGCUGCUUGUUUCAACUACUUAUUUAAUAUAAGUUAAACCAUCAAGUUUAAUUCGCUUAAAUUUUUAAAAUAACGAUCAAGUUAAUCAAAUUGUGUUGGGACAACAGGAAGGAAUUAUGUGGAACCCAGCGUUUUUUACAGUCUGUUUUGAAAAAUUUUGAGUAUCACGAUAAUAGUGUUUGCUAUAUUCAUAUUGCAAAGAGGUGCAAUAAAUUAAAUUCAUUUUAUGUGCUAAUGCGUAGGUUGUUUUUCUAAAUCUGACCAAUCAGAUAGGGUCUUUACUGCCUUUAGCACCUCUUAAUUUCUAUAGAUUAUUAUUUUUUAUUAUUUUUUAAUAAUAAUUUAAAUAAUUGCGAUUAAAAUAGCGUUUUGAAAGUUUGUACGAAAUAUUGUUAUCGCAACACUCAACAACAAUAUUGCAUAUUUAUAAUAUUAUUUUAAAAUAUCUUUAACCUGUUUGUUUUAGUAUAAUCGUUACAUAAAAGAUUUUUUUAAAUUGCGAAAUAUCGUUUGUACGAAAUAUUAUCGCAACACUCAACAAUGUUGCAUUCAUUCAUUGUCUUUCGUCUUAGUCCCUGAACAAUAUUAUAUAUUUAUAACACUGCAAAAUAUCUAUUACCUGUUUAUUUUAGCAUGAUCGUUACAUAAAUAAUUGUUUCUUUAAAUAAUUGCAUUAAAAUAGCAUUUCGAAAGUUCAUACGAAAAUAUCGUUAUCACAACACUCAUCAAUAUUGCAUAUUUACAUUGCUAAAUAUGUAUUAGCUGUUAAUUUUAGUGUGAUCCUUCCAAAAAUUUUUCUUUUAAUAAUUGCAAUAAAAUAGUGUUGAAAGUUCGUACGAAAUAUUAUUAACACAACGCUCAACGAAAUUACAUUCAUUCAUUCAUUGUCCUUUGGUUUAGUCUCUGAACAGUAUUGCAUAUUUAUAACAUUUCACAAUGUCUAUUACCUGUUUAUUUUAGUAUGAUCAUUACAAAAAUAAAAAAUAUUACGUAUUUAUGAAUUUGCAAAAUGUCUAAUUUUUUUUUAAGUAUGAUCAUUACAUAAAUGUUUCUUUUAAUAAUUGCGAUUAAAUAGCAUUUUGAAAAUUCAUAGGAAAUAUCAUUAUCGUAACACAUUUCUAGUAUUAUUGCAAAAUGUCUAUUACUUGUUUGUUUUAGUAUGAUCAUUACGUAAAAUGUUUUUUUUUAAUUUCGAAGUAUUGUUUGUACGAAAUAUCGCAACACUCAACAAUAUUACAUUCAUUCAUUCAUUGUCCUUCGGUUUAGUCCCUGAACAGUAUUACAUAUGUAUAACAUUGCGAAAUAUCUAUUGCCUGUUUAUUUUACUAUGAUCAUUACAUAAAGAAAUGCUUUUUUAAUAAUUUCAAUUAAAUUGCAUUAUCGUACGAAAUAUCGUUAUCGCAACACUCGUCAAUAUUGCAUAUUUUUAAUAAUAUUGCGAAAUAUCUAUUACCUGUUUGUUUUAGUAUGAUCAUUACGUAAAAGAUUUUUCAAUUGCGAAUUAUCGUUUGUACAAAAUAUCAUUAUCGUAACACUCAACAAUAGUACAUUUAUUCAUUCAUUAUCCUUUGGUUUUAUCCCUGAACAGUAUUACACAUUUAUAAUAUUGCAAAAUAUCUAUUAUCUGUUUAUUUUAUGAAUUAUAUGAUAAUUUCAUAAAUAAAUGAUUUUAUUUAAUAGCGAUUAAAAAUGGCGUUUUGCAAGUUUGUACGAAAUAUCGUUAUCGCAACACUCGAUAACAAUAUCAUGUAUUUUCGCAGUAUUGUGCAGCCCUAAUUGCCCAAAAUGUUUUCGAUCCCAAUAAUCAUCACGCAUAAAAGGCCUCGUGUUUAGUAUGCGUGCAGAGCAAAAAUCUUUGACAUUAUCUGCAUUGCAACUGAGUCAGUCGGAGCUUUCUGCUUUUUUUUUAUUUUCAACGGCGCAGCUGAUGGCACUGCACAUUUUUCCAGCCUUUGACUCCCCUUGUAUCCGGAAAGCCUGGUGCAGUGGCCGUGAUGAGGCCGUUUGAUCUCUUUGUCUAAUCAUGCAUGAUUUUGCUGUGGCGUGUCUGCUCUUGUCACCUUGGGUCUCGUCCAUGACACAGGAAGUUCCUCUUUUGUGCUCUUGUUUUCCAUGCAGCUUUUUUUUUUUUGCGGUCGCCCCAUCGAAUUCCAAUGCCUGUGCACAUGUAUUUGCCUGUAAAUAAGAUACUGCUAUUAAAUGUCUCUGCUGCUUAGUGGACAUGUUUUUUGCUGCUUCUUUUUCAUUAUAUCCAAGCUGAGGGUAUAUCCGCUGUUUAUAAUAAAGCUUUGACUAAAUCAA